CAAGGUUUCAUUUAUAUGCACAGAUAUCCAUGAGGGUUUUCUGAAUUUGAGAUGGGUUUUAAAGAAAAAUUAGAUCUUUUAAUUGGUUUGUGGGUUUGGAUUUUAUUUUCAAGAAUAGAGGUAUAUCUUGAUUGUUGUCAAUAGUCUUCUUGUUUUCAUUGUUUUGUUGAUCUUUCUUAGGUUUAGUGGUACAGGGCGAUCUCUGAGUACCUUUCUUGAAUUUUCUUUUCCCUAAUUGUUUUUGAACUUUGGACUCAUAAAAAUGCAUUUUAACAUGUGGAGUGACGAUGUGAUCCUGUUCCGUAGUCAUAUGACCUCAUCUGCGCAUUUAUUCAAUUUUUGUUGGAAUUUUAAAUGGUGGUGCUAAUGUUUGUUUCAUCAAUUUAGAGAAUCCAAUUUGAAUCCUUUUGUGAGUUUUUGUAUGGAAAAGGGGUUGUUUCCAAUUGAACUCUUCUGAUUAAGGAAGUGUUGGUGGCAAAAUGCACUAGUCUAAAUAGAAAUGAAUAACUAAAUCUCAAUAUAAGAAGUGGUUUCGAUGUGUUCGAGUGAGUACUUGUGGAGAAAAUUGGUUGGAGAACUUCUAAUCUUUGAGUUGAAUGUAACCCAUUAUUGCAUCCUGCGAGUAUUUUACAUUUGCCUCAUCCUUAUGUGUUUGAUAAAUUAUUUUGUGGAGUCUGAUUCUCUUGGUCGUCAUUCUUUUAUUAUUUUUUUCAGUGGUUCUGUUCAUUUUCAAUGUAAAAAUAUCUGAAUUCCUCCAUUUGAUCUUUCUAAUCUAUAGAUAUUCUCAUCCCUGUUCGUAAUAUAAAGAAGGUAGAGGUCCUUUACAAUUUAAUAAAUCACUGAUGUCGGGCUCAAAUACGUCAUGUGCUUUAGCAUUGCCAUCAGAAUAUCCCGAACACAGUACAAAACAAAUGGAAGUCUCAAACACAAAUCCAUCUCGGCCUCCUUUGCACCAUAUCUGGAGCUCCUCUCAGGGUCCUGUGGCCAUUCUCUGGGACAUUGAGAACUGUCCCGUGCCAAGUGAUGUGCGGCCUGAGGAUGUGGCUGGUAACAUUAGGAUGGCCUUACGGGUCCAUCCUGUAAUUGAUGGAGCAGUAACAAUGUUUUCUGCGUACGGAGAUUUUAAUGCCUUUCCCAGACGACUAAGAGAAGGUUGCCAGAGAACUGGUGUCAAACUCAUAGAUGUUCCCAAUGGGCGGAAAGAUGCAGCUGAUAAGGCAAUAUUGGUUGAUAUGUUCCUUUUUGCUCUCGAUAAUCGUCCUCCAUCAUCCAUCAUGCUGAUCUCAGGAGACGUUGAUUUUGCUCCAGCCCUACACAUUCUCGGUCAGCGAGGAUACACUGUAAUUCUUGUUAUCCCUUCUGGGGUGGGAGUGUCAUCGGCUCUAAGUAAUGCGGGCAGGUUCGUUUGGGAUUGGCCUAAUGUUGCUCGUGGGGAAGGCUUUUUGUCCCCUGCUAAACCAUUAAUACCUUCUCGACCCUGUCCACCAGAGAUUGCUGGGAAUUUGAUGGGAUGUCAGAUCAAUGAGAAUGUGGAUGGCAAGAAUGAAGAAGAAUCAAUAGUGUAUAAAGGGAUCUCAAGAACCUCUUACAAUAUGAGAGAUUUUUCAAUUUUAUCGCAUUCUCUAUCCGAGCAUAAUAGUAGUUCAAUGUUAAUGCCCCCAAACCCUACAUAUUCCCGAGCACAUAGCUUUCCAUCUGGUCCCAACGAAGUUUCAUCAGGAACUAUUGCUUCUUGUGAGCAGAAUGAGUUGACGUGGGUGCAGCCCGGAGAUGUUAAUGGUUUGAAGCUCCAACUUGUAAAGUUGCUUGAAUUAUUGGGCGGCAGUUUGUCUCUAAUCCGUCUUCCGGCAGAAUACCAAAAACUUUACGGGAGGCCUCUGUUUGUCUCGGAAUAUGGGGCAAUUAAGCUUGUGAAUCUCCUUAAGAAGAUGGGUGAUGCAAUCACUCUCGACGGGAAAGGCCAAAGGAAGUUUGUCUCCCUAUGUAACCCAAAAGUCGGACCAGUUGGCACUCCCGUAAUUCUGGCUAGGAGGGAUAAGAAAGAAAAGGCGUCUCAGGAAGAUAACAUUGAUCCGACAGCUGGAGUUGGAUCUUCAGACGAGUUCUCGGAUGAUGAAAGAAUGGUUAUUGCAGCGAGUGAUGAUAGGGAGGCGAGAGAGAAGUCUAAUUUGGAGAUGGUCGAUUGUUCUCAAACUAUUGACCAGAAACUGGAUAAGUUUAAAUAUGAGCUACAAGAGAUCAUGGUGAGCUACUCUUGCCGCAUUUUUCUUGGUGUUUUUGAGGCAAUAUACCAGCAAAGAUACAAAAGACAACUGGAUUAUGUGAGCCUUGGAGUAAAUCAUCUGGAGGAGCUGCUAGAAAAGGUGAGAGAUGUGGUGAUGUUGGAAGAGGAACCCGUAAGUAAAAGAAAGUUUCUGGUUGCUGUUGGUGGCUAAAAAGAAAAUUUCACAUCCCAAAAAUUCUUUCAUCAUAGGAAACAUCAAGUCUUGCCUGGUCUGCAGUUUCUCUUUUACUUUUAUACCAGCAAACAUACAGGAUCAAUGAUUGGAGCGUAUUAUGAAUGAAGGUAGCAGCUUCCGAAAGAUUAGGAUGAAUGAUGUUCUUAAGGUAGCAGCUUCCGAAAGAUUAGGAUGAAUGAUGUUCUUAAGGUAGCAGCUUCCGAAAGAUUAGGAUGAAUGAUGUUCUUGGUGGAGAACGGCAUUCAAUUAUGCGAUAUGUUUGGUCAGUUACCAAACCAACUCUGUCAUUCUGAAGACGAGAUGGCCACCAAGUGAGAAUCUCGUGUCAAGGAAAGUCAGCUUGUAAAUGAUGAUAAUCCAACGGCAUAAAUGUAUCGGUGAUGGAGUUCAAUCGGUUCAACAUCUUUUCAGUUGAUCAAAUUCAGAUUUCUAUUUCAGUGCAUCGUCUGCUGUUGUGUAAUGGCGCUCACUGCUUGGAUUGAAUUUUCUGUUCCGAAUGUUAUUGCAUCUUCUAUUCCAUUUAGUAUAUAUACGUCACGUGUACUAUAGCAGUAAUCAAUUCGUGGAACUUGUUUUUAGCUCCUAUCCAUUUGUGGGAUCGCUCGGGUAUGGGACGAAGAUGAUAGAAGGGCCGUCUGCGGUUGCAAUGAAUCUCCUGCAGCUGCAUUUUUGUAUCAGUACAUUCAACGUUGCUGGUGAAUAACAUAAAUAGAAUUCCUGCUCUGUUUAUAGCAAAGCGUUCAAAUUGGACUACUGAUUCUACUGCUGCGCUUGACUGUCGGAUAGUUUCCAUCUCAUCUCAUUCGAGUAGGAUAAGGAUUUGUUUGAUUAUUUCCAGAACAUUACAUGUAAUAAUGAUAUUUUCUCUCUCAGCCGAAGUUAUUUUGCUUGUUAUAUCGAUUAUUAUCGUUACACUUUUAUCUCAUAUUGAAAAAAAAA